AACCGGUUCCACGUCAUUGCGCUAUCAAAUCCGCACACAGUAGGGGAGGGGGGCACAUAUUUGGUCACCCUGUAAAGAUAUAUCUCUAUUAAUCCUACCAAUCCACGGUAUGGCUGAAAACCUCCAGGAAGAACAACGUUCGAAAGAACAACGUUCGGAAGAACAACGUUCGAUGGCUGGACAACUUGUAGGGGCAUUGCAGCCAGUUGUAGACGCCCAGAUUGCUCGGACGGGAGAGUGGGGCCGUGUACAACUCAGAAUCUACAACCCAUGGCGGAGCGGUGCUGUGCCUGGGGGAGGUACCGGUGUGGGUGUCGGGAUCGCCGCCUUCUACUUCCAACAAGUGGAUCUAGUCAGGCAGGUGAUACGUAGAUCUGUCGAGCGAUGGGAUCCCGACAACCCUAACCAGCCAGCCGACCCGGAGGUUGGGUUGGAGGUACAAGUCGGCUCUCUUCUAGUCCCUGUCAUCUUUCACUCCAGACUUGGGUACGACUACUUCAGCUCCAUACUAAACGGCCCUUUCCUCAAGGCUUGUCUGACAGCAGAGCUGGAGAAGAUCGGGUACACGGAGACGGUUGAUGUGAGUGCGGAACAGUGGGAAGUACCGACGGUAGCUGAAGACAGGAUAGCAGCUGGGCUGGUGAAAGGUGUAACGAGGCAAAACAAAAUGGAGGACGACCUGACACAAGUAACGUCACCAGUAAAGAAACUGCAGGAAACUCUCUACACCACAGAUGCAGAGAACUCGGGGGCACCGGGGAGCGAUCUAGCCGCGCUGUCCAUCUUUACAUCCGAUGAAGAUCCACAAGGCGGGAAAGAAUAUGAUUCGUCAUCUGGCAAGGGGAAACCUAAACAGAAACGUCCACAGAUUAGCCUGGCAGCCAGGCUAAAACGGCAUAAAGAUUCACCAACCGCGAAAGCAAUGCUUCAAGCCUACAGCUGUUUGGAGAAGGGAGCGGCCAUGUUGGUCGAUAGCGGGUAUCAGCAGGGGGAGGGCGUCAGGGAUCUCUUGGAAGGGCUCGUGCUCAUGGAGGAAGUGUUACCAGGAGACGUGGAAACCGUUCUGUAUGCUCAACACUGGCUAAACCUCGACAAGGCGAAACUAAACAACCUCUUAUCGACUGAGCUGCGGGACAGCGCUAACAACACCCCCUGUCUGCUGCUACAGGCACUGCAGCUUCCAGCGGGAGACCGUCGACUGCGAGCCAUAAACAAUGUCAUCGACGUUGUCCUCCAGCGUGGGAAAACAGAUGCUUUAUACAACGACAUAGCUUACAUAUACUUCGCGCUGUGUUCUACCCUGUGGACGAGCACCAAACAGGCCGGCCCGACUCUGUCCGCCUGUGCCAGUGCCCUCAUGCACAAACCCACCCACCUGUCUACUCUGUUCUACACCGCACGAAGCUCCAUGUCUGUGUCCGUUCCACAGGCCGUCAGGCAGUUGGAACACUUCCUACACACCGCUCCGUCCUGUCACCAUCAGGUCCCCCGUGCUCAUUACUACCUGGUCAGGUUGUACGGCCAACAGGGCGUGUCCACCCACUGGGACAAGAUCCUCCACCACUACAACAUGGCGCAGCGGACGGAGAGCGACAGGCUGCCCGUGUUCGGACCAGUCCCGAGGAUGUACAGAGAGCAAGCCAGAAAGGUGUACGACAAAGUGGUGGCAGGGGCUGACAAGUGAACAAUGAUUGAGAAACAAAUGUCUACAGAGCAGACGCCAGAGUUACGUUGCGCAAUGCGAGGCUUUAAAUAAAACUGGUUGCUUAAAUGCGUAUACGUGUAAACUACAAACGAAAACAUAAACUCGUGUACACAAAAUGUAUUACCAAUCUUUAUAGUCAAUUUGUACUAUUUUUUUUAAAGAUUUGUUUAUUCAUGAAAGCUCAAAUCGGCCUGCAGGUCGCUUUUCAUUGAGGUCACGAGGGAAGAGGCGAGGGCAAUACAACGUAUAUAACAGUAUCAUUAUCAUUAUGUUACCUUCAUAGAAGGGAACAUGUCUGUUUUUGCUUUGUUUCUUCCUCUCCGCGCAAAUAAGGUCAACGACCUGGACCAGACGGCUGUCACCAUGGUAAC